CGCGCCGGGAAAGCGAGGAAGCGAGCGAGCGAGAGUGAGCCAGGCGGCCGCCGUCGCUGCUGCUGCUUCUCCCUCCCUCCCUCCGUCCGCCUCCUUCCUUCCUUCCUCCCCCCUCAGCCAUGGCGGAGCCGCCACCGACCACCGCGACGCCGCCAUCUCCAACGCCGCCAUCAAUAGCAACAGCAGCACCCGGCGGCGGCGGCUCGCAGCGCCUCCUCUUCACCCAUGACUUGGUCUCCGGCAAGUACAGGGGCUCGGUGCGCUUCGGCCUGGUCCGCGUCAUGCACGGCGAGGACUCCGACUCUGAGGAAGACGACGGCGGGGGAGGAGGAGGAGGGGGCGGAGGGGGAGGAGGACGAGGCCCAGCAACAGCAGGAGGAGGAGGAGGGGGCAGCUCGGCGGGCUCGGAGUCCGGGGGCCCCGGAGCAGGAGCAGGCGGGGAAGAAGGCCGCGGGAGCCCCCUCCGCCGCGGCUACGUGCGCGUCCAGUGGUACCCCGAGGGCAUCAAGCAGCACGUCAAGGAGACCAAGCUGAAACUUGAGGACCGGUCAGUGGUGCCGCGUGAUGUUGUCAGGCACAUGGGCUCACGAGACAGUCAAUGUGGUACCGUUAUCGAUGUAAACAUAGAGUGUGCAGUAAAACUGGUGGGAACCAACUGUAUUCUUUAUCCUGUUAACAGCAAAGAUCUUCAGAAUAUCUGGCCAUUCAUGUAUGGUGACUGCAUAGCCUAUGACUGGUGGCUAGGAAAAGUAUACGAUCUGAAGAAUCAAAUUAUUCUGAAGCUCUCCAAUGGUGCCAGGUGUUCCAUGAGCACAGAAGAUGCUGCAAAACUCUAUGAUGUCUGCCCACAUGUCAGUGACUCAGGCCUCUUCUUUGAUGAUUCAUAUGGAUUUUAUCCUGGGCAAGUUCUCAUUGGGCCUUCAAAAGUCUUCUCAAAUGUGCAGUGGCUUUCAGGAGUGAAGCCUGUUCUCAGUACAAAGAGCAAGUUCAGAGUGGUGGUAGAAGAGGUGCAAGUGGUAGAACUGAAAGUUACUUGGAUCACUAAAAGCUUCUGUCCUGGAGGAACAGAUAGCAUAAGUCCACCACCAUCCUUAAUAACCCAAGAUAAUUUAUCUCGUGUAAAGCGUCUGGGAUGCUUUGAUCAUGCUGAGCGACAACUUGGAGAAAGGUGUCUUUAUGUGUUUCCUGAGAAAGUGGAGCCUGCAAAAAUCACUUGCGAAUGCCCAGAAAGAAACUGUGUUCUGGGAGAAGGAACUGUUGCCAAGAAGGUGGCCUGUCCCUGUUUUGUAUCCAACGUAAAGCCUGAGAAGGUAAGGAAAUUAUUGAAGAAGCAGAUAGUGAAGAUCAUGUCCUGUUCCCCGGAUUCUCAGAGUACCCCUGACCACCCCGAAGGAGAUUCUGCUGCAGCGGGUGACCAACAAGCAGAAGACCUUAAAGCUAUCUCAAAAAGUGAACUUCACAAUGAUGCUUCAAGUUUACAGGAGGGAAAGGAAGAUCACCUUGAUGAAAUGAGAAAAGGGGUGCCUUGCGAAGCAGCUGGGCUGCCGUUGCAACCACCCUUUAUUCUGAAAAAGGAUGAUGGUGCCUCAGACUACAAGCUGCAGUCAUCAGAACAAGAUGCAGAUGACGAAGCAGCGGACGACACUGAUGACACCAGCUCAGUCACCUCCUCUGCCAGCUCCACAGCUUCCUCUCAAAGUGGCAGUGGCACAGGGCGCAAGAAGAGCAUCCCUCUCUCAAUCAAAAACCUUAAGAGAAAACAUAAGAAAAAGAAAACCAAGGUUAGCCGGGAGUUUAAACCAGGUGACAGGGUUGCUGUAGAAGUGGUCACCACAAUGACGUCAGCUGAUGUAAUGUGGCAGGAUGGCACCGUGGAGAAAAACAUUCGUUCCAAUGAACUGUUUCCUGUCCAUCACUUGGACAACAAUGAAUUUUGUCCUGGUGAUUUUGUGGUAGAUAAAAGAGCCCAGAGUUCUCAGGAUCCUGGGAUGUAUGGCGUCGUACAAUCAGGUGACCACAUUGGCCGCACAUGUGUGGUAAAAUGGUUUAAGUUGAAACCCACUGGAGAUGAUGUUGAGCUGGUUGGUGAAGAGGAGGAUGUGAGUGUAUACGAUAUUGCUGACCACCCUGAUUUCCGCUUCCGCACUACCGACUUUGUGAUCCGUAUUGGCAAUGCUGAGGAGGGUGCUUCAAUUGGUGAGAAUGAGCCCUCUGUGGGACAGGUGGCUCGGGUGGAUUUCAGCAGCAAAGUGGAGGUGGUCUGGGCUGAUAACUCUAGGACAAUUGUUUUGCCACAGCAUUUGUACAACAUAGAAUCUGAGAUAGAUGAUGAGACAGACCUGGAUUCCAUUGAUGGCAGCACUAGUGGUGCCUCCUCAGAUGAAUGGGAGGAUGAGAGCGAUAGCUGGGAGACCGACAACGGCCUCAUGGAAGAUGAUCAUGCAAAAAUCGAGGAAGUUGAGCCUGAGGAACCCCCUGCAGAAGAGGUGAAAAAAGUGGAAGAGCAAGUACAAGGGGCUGUUGCUAUGGCAGUGGCUGACCUAACAACAGAUAAGGCCAGCAAGGAAGGUACCCCAAAGAGCUUCCGAGAGUUGAAGGAGGCUAUCAAGAUCUUGGAGAGCCUGAAGAAUAUGACAGUGGAACAGCUUCUGACAGGAUACCCCACUUCACCAACCGUAGAGCCAGAAAAGCCAACCCGGGAGAAGAAGUUCCUGGACGAUAUUAAAAAGCUGCAGGAAAAUCUAAAGAAGACUCUGGACAAUGUAGCUAUUGCAGAAGAAGAAAAAAUGGAGCCCAUGGCAGAGGCAGAGAAGAAGGAGGAAAGGGAGACACAAACACAGACCGCAGGGCCUUCAGAAUGGCCUAGUGAGACACCAGUGCUUUGCCAGCAGAGUGGAGGCAAGCCUGGAGUGACCUUCACCAGUGCCAAGGGGGAAGUUUUCUCUGUGCUGGAGUGUGCCCCAGAUAGCCAUGCUUUUAAGAAAAUGGAAUUCCAACCUCCUGAAGCCAAGAAAUUUUUCAGCACAGUGAGGAAAGAAAUGGCAUUAUUAGCAACCUCAUUGCCAGAUGGCAUCAUGGUUAAAACCUUUGAGGACAGAAUGGACCUCUUUGCAGCACUUGUCAAAGGACCCACACGUACACCGUAUGAAGAUGGCCUCUUCUUAUUUGACAUCCAGCUCCCCAACAUAUACCCAGCUGUCCCCCCUCUCUUCCGUUACCUCUCCCAAUGCAGUGGACGCCUGAACCCCAACUUAUAUGACAAUGGAAAGGUCUGCGUUAGUCUUCUGGGGACAUGGAUAGGCAAGGGCACAGAGAGGUGGACAAGUAAAUCCAGCCUUCUGCAGGUGCUCAUCUCAAUCCAAGGACUUAUCCUUGUCAACGAACCUUAUUACAAUGAGGCUGGUUUUGACAGUGACCGAGGCUUGCAAGAGGGCUAUGAGAACAGCAGAUGCUACAAUGAGAUGGCUUUGAUCCGGGUGGUGCAGUCAAUGAUGCAGCUGCUCCGCAAGCCGGUAGAGGUCUUUGAGCAGGAAAUCUAUGAGCAUUUCUGUUGCAACGGCUGGCGCCUGGUCCACCGCAUUGAGUCCUGGGUGGAAACAAAUGAGCUGGUGGAAAGGAGUCACGAUCAUGCCUUUGUACAUCCAGCAUGUGGUGUUCUGGCUGAGAGCCCCGUAGACAGUACGGGGCCGUUGGGAGAGCAAGAGUUAGGGGCUGCUGCAGCGGCAGGGCCUAUCCAGCUCUCUGAUGGCAAGGAGGAACUGGAAGACUCUGGGUGUGGCAUGUCAACACUGGCCACCAGUGACGUCCAUCAGUAUUCAGACUCUGAGAGCCUGGGCCAAGCCAGAGCAGCACACUUCUCCAGAGACCUAACGGAUGAGGGUAAAGCGAUUCAAGACUCUGCCACUCAGCCUAGCGUGAAACCAAAGAAAAGGAGAAAGAGCUAUAGGAGCUUUCUACCUGAGAGGAGUGGCUACCCCGACAUUGGGUUCCCCCUCUUCCCGUUGUCCAAGGGGUUUAUUAAGAGCAUCCGUGGUGUCUUGCAGCAGUACCGAGCUGUCUUGGUAGAGGCCAACAUCCCAGAGUGGACAGAAGACAAAUAAAACAUCAGGUUAGGAACAGACAGAUGCACAGAAAAGAAGGGGAAACAGGGAGGACGGAGCUAGCAAACAUUGUUAACAAUAAAUAGACUGACUCACUGCA